AUGGUGAACUUUAAUCUAUCUGAUAUUUCAUCAAGACUAUCGGUGCGUUUUGGACAGGCAAAACAGGAGAAAUUCGGCUCUGCUUCGGAGCAUACGCAUUUGCCCGAAGACUUUAAGGAGAUGGAGCAGCGUUGUGACUUUCUAAAAGCAACUUAUGAGCAACUAAUGAAGACACACAAGGCAUUGGCUCAGGCAGAUGACUAUACUACGCCUGUGGGUGACCAGGUCAAGGGGGUGUUUGGAAAGCUUCAGGAGAAACUUGCAUCUGCGAAAAUAGAAGCAAGCGCCCAAACAGCUUCAUCAUCAUCUUCUUCAUUUGGUUCGCCUCCUCCAAGUUCUGCAAUGAACGCUCAGUAUCCGACAAACCAACAUGCUGCAGCCAAAAUUUCUCUCUCAGCAUCUCAAUCGAUGGAAAAUGCCGAGUUGGGAAAAACCCUUGCCUGGUAUGGCUCUCUUAUGGAAGACCUUGGGGAUGCCCGUCUGUUAUUGUCACAACGUAUUCAAGUGAAGGCUCGUCGUCCAUUGCGAAAUGUUCUUGAUGUCCUCUUUGAGCAAGCAUCUUCUGCCAGAAAGGAAGUUUUUCUGGCUAGACUUUCGCUUGAUUCCUUAAAAAGAUCUACCGAGGUAAAACCGGAAGAUCUUGAAAAAGUUGAGGAAGAAUAUGAGGCAUCCCUAUCCAAGGCAAAAGCCUCCAUGCAAGCUGUUCUUGAAAGUCCAAUUCUGAUCUCGGCACUGAAAGACAUGAUUGAAGCACUGAAGCAAUACCAUCGCCAGUGCUUGGAGGUACUUGAUGGUGCGUCCCCUCGCUCCAAGUAA